UAUGGUUCCGUCGGACAUCGUUUCUGUUUAUUAGCGAUUGACGUUUAUUGUUUGUAUUAUUUUGAGGAACUGUCAUUAAAUUUUAAUGUAGUCUACAGAUAAAUAUACACAAGUAAUUUACCUUGCUAUAGACUAAAUGGGCCUAUCAAGGUUGUUUGUUCGUCAGGUGCGCACGAUACAACGGCAGGCGCGCAGCAUGAGCUACCAGCUGAAGUUCGACAAGGCGUUCGUGAACCAGAAGUGGGUGGCAGCGGCCAGUGGCAAGACGUUCGAUGUCGUGAACCCCAGCACGGAGCAGGUGGUGGGGGCGGUCCCGGACAUGGACGAGAACGACGUCUCCAAAGCCAUUGACGCAGCCGGCGAAGCAUUCGCUGCGUGGGGCCAGACCACCGGCAAGGAAAGGGCAGGAGUAAUGAGGAAGUGGUACGAGCUGCUAGUGAAGAACCAAGAUGAACUUGCCAAACUCAUGUCGGCGGAAUGUGGCAAGCCGCUCAGCGAGGCCCAGGGAGAAGUUGUGUAUGGCAACUCGAUGAUUGAGUGGUUCUCAGAAGAAGCUAGGAGGAUACACGGUGAAGUUAUCAGCAGUCCAGUGAAGACCAAAGAAAUGGUUUUAAUACGGCAGCCGUUGGGGGUGGUUUCCUUGAUCACGCCGUGGAACUUCCCGCACGCCAUGAUCACGCGCAAGGCGGGCGCGGCGCUGGCCGCCGGCUGCGCCUGCGUCAUCAAGCCGGCCGAGGACACGCCCCUCACGGCGCUCGCCCUGGCCAAGCUGGCGGCGGACGCGGGCGUGCCCCCGGGGGUCCUCAACGUGGUGACCUGCGCCCGGCCCGGCGCCCCGGCCGUGGGCCGCCUGCUGUGCGAGCACCCCCGCGUCGCCGGCAUCUCCUUCACCGGUUCCACGGCCGUCGGGAAGGUGCUGUACCGCAACUGCGCGUCUGGCGUCAAGAGGAUAGCGCUGGAGCUGGGGGGAAACGCGCCGUUCAUCGUGUUCUCCGGAGCCGACCUGGACAAGGCCGUGGACGGGGCCGUCGCGUGCAAGUUCCGCAACUGCGGGCAGACAUGUGUCAGUGCCAACAAGUUCUUGGUGCAAGAGGAUGUGUUUGACCAGUUUGUUGACAAGCUGCAGAAGAAGAUGAAGGCAUUGGUUGUUGGUGACCCAUUUGCCCCAGGCGUAAAUCUAGGACCACUCAUUAACAACAGCCAGGUCACUAAGGUGACGCAGAUAGUGGAGGAUGCAGUGGCGAAGGGAGCAGAGGUGAGGCUGGGCGGGAAGCAGGUCCCGUCGCUGGGGAAGAGGUUCUAUGAGCCGACCCUCCUGCUCAACGUGGAUCCCUCCAUGGUCUGCUACAGCGAAGAGAUAUUUGGACCUGUCGCUGUGUGUGUCAGGUUCAAGACUGAGCAGGAAGCGCUCUCCAUCGCGAACAGCACCAAGUCGGGCCUGGCGGGCUACUUCUACUCGAGUGACAUAAGCCAGGCGUGGAGGGUCGCCAAGGCGCUGGAAGUGGGCAUGGUCGGCAUCAACGAGGGCAUCAUCUCCGCUGCAGAGGCCGCGUUCGGCGGAGUCAAGGAGUCGGGCUUCGGGCGUGAGGGCUGCCACCACGGCAUAGACGAGUUCACCUACGUCAAGUACCUGUGCUUUGGCCUGUCUCAGUAGGCAGUGCGCAAGCUCCGAGCUACAUCCGUGUCUUCCAUUACCUUCUAUGUGCCAUAUCAAGUGAUAUUUGAGUGUGUUUACAUACACCACAUGGGUGAAAAUCUUUAAGAUUCCCAGGGGGGCUCGGGGGAUAACGUUUAUGAUUCCUAUUUCACACUUGCAAGUGCAAGCGGAGCCCCUCAGAGAGGAGAUUUUUGAUUCUUUGGGAACCCAAAAAAACUCCCCCCCAUAUCUACCGAUCUACACCCAUGACCGGUGUUGUUCAUGCUUAGCUGAUAGUUGUAGCAAUUUGCAGUGAAACAUUUUUUUUUACACUAUUUACACAAACAAAUAAAAUAAGUUGUGUAGGAAAGUGUAAAGUAAGGUACAUUUAUAUUAUGUGAGCAUUACUUUACUCAGGGUCGCAGGAAGAUGGAAUAAAAAAACAGAAAAAUGUAAAACUUGUAAAGGGAAAGGGGUAAGUGUAAGAAAGGGUAGAGUUCCACUGCUAUAUAGUUAGGGGCCGGAAAAAUUUGCAAUUUGCGAUAGAUGCGAUUUUUUUUUGCGAAUUUUGAGGUUAGAUGCGAUUUUUUACUAAUUGUUGUUAUAAAUGCUAUAUUUGCAAAAUCGUGGUAAAAUUGCCAUUAUCGGGCGAAAAACCACUAUAGAAUUCAACAACACGGCUUGAACACACAUUCCUCAAAGUAUUGUUUUUGAAAAUAACCACCAUAACACAAUUACUGUAAACAAUAGCUUCUGACAAGGCUUGUUGAAGGAAUAAAAUCCGAAUCCUAACCUUAAUUUAUAAAACAUUUCUUAACCAAAUAUCACACAUGAUAGUAUAGAAUAAGUAAUUUUGUAAAUUUAGUGUUUACGAUUUACUCAAGUUACCGUUGAAUGUUUAGAAAAGAAUGGUCACACUACUUAUCGACGCAGUUAUUUUGUUUUGUUAGAUCACGUCACGUUCGCCUACGUUCGCCAUUGCAUCAUGUGUUGUCUGUUCAUGAAGAGUAUCCAACCUAACAAAACAAAAUUUCCCGGGAAGCGCAUCACGGAAACCAACAACCUAGAAAAUAUCUAGGUCAUUGAUGGGAUCGUAGUGAACUUGCAAAGAUAAAAGGGAAAAUAUUUUAAAUGCUGAAAACUACUACAAAUAUUUUAGUACAGUACGCGGUUUUUUACAUUUGUUGAUAAUCACUUUAGUCUUCAAUUUUUUUUUUCUGAUCAAUAUUUUACAUAGAGACAAAUCAUACAUUUUGUGGUGCACGUUUAGCGUACUGAAGUUGGUCAACUUGAAUUGUCCGUUUGUUUUCAUCUGAAAUUACUAGUGGUCAAACGUUUGUUUACAAAUACCGUUUAAUGAUUUUGGUUUGUGUUAAAAUUCGUCAUAAUGGGUAGAAACACUAUUACAACUUCUUGUAUUGUUAUGUAACUAAUAUCUUAAGCAAAUUUCUCAAAAAUAGAUGCUAAUUUCUGGAAAAAAGAUGCUAAAUUUCAACAUCAUAAAUGCUAAUUUUGUAAUAAAUAGAUGCUAAUUUUCCCAGGCCCUAUACAUAGUUUUAUUAAUAGUUUAUUGACUUUAAUAUUUACACUUUACAAGUUUAUGUACAGAUGGAUAUUAAGGCUGAUAAGUUGAAUGACUAGGCUUUGGCUGGUUCCAUUGUCUUUAACUGAACUCUUUUUUGAAUUUUGGAUCAAUUUAAUUGAUUCCAAAGAAAUCUAAGCAUUCAGAAACCAAUGGUUUUGGAAUGGAAGCUGGUUGAUUCUUUCCCAAUACCUCGAAUUUGUGAAUGUUGAAAUGGCGUUCAGAUUUGAUUUUUCAAUUGAUUGUUUACCAAUUAUUUGGGAUUACCAUUAAUAAGUCAGGGUAUUUUAUUAAGAGUCAUGUAGAAUUACUCAUACUCAGGUUUUUGUUCCGUUUAUUAGGAAUCUUAUUCAAUUAAGCAAUUGGACACAUAUUAGGGUCAUGUGUCUUUCUUUAUUGUAUGAAAACAUUUCAAACCCUGCAAUUCAUUAGUUUAUAUAAAAAAAACGUUAUGUCAAAGCUUUGAUCCCCAAAUUGAUAAACACUACUAACACAUAUGUAAGAGCAAAUUUGUGUAAAUACAGGUGUCACGAAACAAACAUUCUAUCGCCCAACUUCAUCCCAUGUCCGAGGACUUGGAGGUCGGGCAGGCGGUCUUCAUCUACGCUGCCCGCCACAAGGCAGCUGGGUUCUUCGGGUCCAGCUCUCUAAGCUGGUGGCUCUCUACAUGGACAGGUUCCCCCCCCCCCCUCUUUCCCAUUUUAGGAGGGCAUAAGUAGAGACAAUAUUUGAUGGUUUUAUUUUUAGUCCAAUUAGAUUUUUAAAACAGAAGAUUUCUGUGUUAAUUGUUGAUAUUUUUAUAAAAGCUGUUUCGUAAUACCUACCAAAAUAGUGGUAAAAUUUAUAUGCUGCAUUUGUAUGAUUAUAUAAUUUGCAAUAAAUUGGUUUUAAAUUUUAAAACAAUAAAAAUAACAAUAAAAAUAAUUUAGGAAACAUUCGUGGUUUAAAAGUGAUUCAAUAAGAGAUGCACAGAAAUAAUUUUUAGUUUUUAGUUUUCCAGGAAGAAUAACAACAAUUUUUGGAAGCAAAAAUUAAAUUAAUUUUUCUGAUCAAAGCACUAUGGUACAAUUAUUUUCCUGGAAAUGACAUUCCUUGAAUUCCAACCAUUAAAAGAUUACUUUUUUUUAAUGAUUUGAAUCAAGUAUUGGUUAAAUGCUUCCUAAUUCCAAGAUAUAACUUGCUCUUUGUUUCUAUAAGGUGUAUUAACUUUUAUUUUGGUGCUAAAUGUUGUAUUAACUUGCAUUUCGGUGUUAUCGCAAUUCACCAUAUAACCUUGUUCCUAGGCAUAAGGCUGAGUAAGGGAAGAGGUGAGGGUCGUUCCUGACCGACCAACCCGUCCUCGGGUGUGACUGUUUUCCCAGCAGGCCAAUUUUGGGGGUACUUCCAAUCCUACACAAGCGUUCGGGUCAUGGCAACUAUGGUGGUGGAUUCGCAGUGGGAUGUUUUCCUGGCUGACCUAUUUUGUGGGGUACUCCAGCCACUGCUGUGUUGGCUAGAACCAAGGCAGGGCGCAAGGGUCGAGCCCAGGUCACUGAGCCAUGUUCCCUGCCCUUCCCUCGGGGUCGGCGGGGCACCGGCGAAGAGCCCAGCUGGGGGAAAGAAGAGCUGACAUUAGAGAAAUCCCAAGUGUGGGAUGAUUUCCUUAUUUAUAUUUACAAGACUGACAAAUAGUAUGAUUUGUGUGACCAGAAAUUCACAACUUAUUUUUGUAUCAAUUUUCUUAUUCUAUCCAAACUUAAUAGUUCAAAUUUAUGUUAAUUUGAUUUUAAAAGCAUUAACAUUAAGAGAUUCACUAGUUUAUUACUUUAAAACUAAUUAUUAAAAUUAUAAUUAUAGUUAAACAAAAUCAAUUGCAAACUAAUGACAAAAAUACAUUAACAAAAUUACAACUCGUAUGUACAUACCGUGGUCCUUGUGCAUUAUGGAAAUAAAAUAAAUGUUACAUACAAUUUAGUCCUUGGCUUUCUAGCAAUGAUGUCAGGCUUUGCAAGCAACAUCCUGACAACUUCCUCAAAUGAAGCAUAGAUGUAACUAAUAGCAGAGCUGGCAUGCAGUGUUUCUACCCUCUGUCUCUGUCUGGAUGGCUGUUGGUGGAGGCGGGGCAAGACGAGAUGUCAAGAGGCGGGAGCUGGUGCAGGCAGCUAGUGUGUGGCAGGCUCUGUACUGGUCGUUAACUGCUUGGAUGCGGCCGUUUAUACCGUCCUGGUCAGAGUGAUGACGCGAAGGAGGGCUGAAAGGCUUAGACUCACCCCUCUCUCUAAAACUCUGGAGGGGUGGCAAGCAACUGGUUGCACGGAAGGUUGCUGGCUGCCCAGCGCGAGCAAGGUCCCGUGAACACACAGGGAGUGGCAGACAUUGGUGCUCUUUGAUUGUGGAGCAGGCAUGCUACAUUUCUGUUACUACAAGUGUUACCACAAUAAUUUAAAUUAGCACCAUUACAGUAUUUUAGUUUUAUUUCCUAACAGCAACUGCUUUGGCCCACACAAAUUUAUUUUGGGGUUCUCAGGUUCUUCAUUCCAAAAAGCACUUUUUUUUUGACUAACUUAGCUCAGAAAAUGAGUAUCUUAAAAUUGAUAGUUUUUAACAUUUGUUGGGUUUAUGCAAUUUUAUGAUGCACUUAAUUAUUGCAUUUUGUAUACUGAAAAUGAUGUGCAGCUUACAAUAUUGAUGAAAUUCUUCAUAUGCUGGCAAACACAUUCACGUUUGUAUACAAGUAUAAAUAACAUUUAGUAAGACAAUAAUUCAGGAGUGGAUAGUGAACUGUCACAUUAAGGUAAAAUGCUGGUAAUCACAUGCAGUUUUUAAAUCAGGCUUCUGUUUCUUUUAGAAAGAACGACCUCUCCUUGCUCAAGGUUGAAGCAGCUUAGUAAAUGUAAGGUAGGUCAGGACAGCCACCUUUGCACAAAACCUGUUCUAACUACAACACGAACUAACUCCCCGUAUUUAACAUUCUCCUGUUUCUUCAACUGAAGUGUAUUUUAUAUUUGUAGGUUAACAUUUUCUUUCCGAAAACUUGAGGUUGAAAAGAGGAAUGUGUCUUAGAAUUAAUGGUAUCUUAGAUUUGAGUAUAUAUCUUUUGUAGUUCCAUCUGUAAAAAACAAUAAGUUUUUUUGUACUAGAGUAUAUAAAUUUGAAGUUUAAAUACAAAUUGAUUUAAAAAGUAUGGAAUAGGAAUAUUUUAAGAACUGUGAAUCGGUGAAUCCCUACUUUUUACAAAAAUGAAUGGUAUUACUAUUAGCUGAGCCACUAUGACAAUCUCUGUAAUCACCUUCCUUUAAAGUAAUGUGUAUUUUGUGUUUUAGAAUGUUUUAAACAUCAUUAUUGAUAUAAAUUUUUUUAUAUUUAAUGGAUUAUAAUUCAGCAUUUUAUAAUAUAGACAUUUUGUUAAGAGAACUUAUUUUAAUUUUAUGGUCUUUUGAAGUGUUAAAGUUUUGCUCUGUACUGUUAGGGAAAAAACAAGAUAAUUUUUUAAUGCUAAUUCUGGCAAUGUUGUUAUAUUUAUACCCAGCAUGCUGCUUUUAACUGAGCAGAGUUAUGCUAGAACAAAAAACAGUAUUGUUUGUUACAUAGUUUUAUUUUUGUAUUUAUGUUUGAAUUGAUUGUAUUAAAUUAAAAUUCAGAUGUUUUCUAGUGAAAUUUAUUUUAGUUGUUACAACUUAAAUGGAAAUAAAAGACGUCACCUUUGUCUGAGAAUUUAUAUAUCUCUCAUCUACCUGUAUGAUGGCCAUCAGUGUAUUUGGAUGAGUGCAUAGAAAUAACUUGAACUGAAACUGGGGUAUGUCCAAGAAGAAAGAGGUGUUAAAUCUGUGCACAUGUACAAAGAAUUACUUUGAAUAAAUAUUUUGAAGGGGGA